UAAUUUGAGUGUUUUUUACAAAUUUACCGGAUUGUUAAAAGUUUGAAAUACUCGAGCUCUGGCAGUUUGUAGCACUGUGAAGGGUAAAGCAGAUACCCGCCGUUAAAUAAACAAAGACACACAGGGAAGGAAAGCUAAAUGCGGAAAGUCGGACAGUAACAAUGAGCAACCAUGAAGAACCCAAAGACACUGCAGCUCCUCACAUUGUGAAAGAAGAGCUUAUUGCGGCAGGGAAAUGGGUGAAGCUGGAAAAGACUACAUAUGUGGACCCCGCUGGAAACACCAGAACCUGGGAGACUGUGAAACGGACAACGAGGCGAGCCAACACUGAAGCAGAUGGUGUGGGAAUAAUCGCUCUGCUGAAACGGACGCUGCAUAAGGACUGCGUAGUGAUGGUGAAGCAGUUCCGCCCUCCUCUGGGAUGCUGCACUCUGGAGUUUCCUGCAGGAUUGAUCGAUGAGGGGGAAACUGCCGAGGCGGCUGCACUGAGGGAACUGAAGGAGGAAACUGGUUACACAGGAGAAGUAGUAGGAGUCACUCCAGCAACCUGUCUGGACCCUGGUCUGUCUAACUGCACCAUUCAGACUAUCCUGGUCAACAUCAAUGGUGACGAUGUGGAGAAUAUCAACCCAACACAGAAGCUGGAUGAUGGAGAAUUUGUCGAAGUUAUUCUUUUACCGCUUGACGAGUUCCAGACCAAAAUAGACGAUUUGUUGCAGAAGGAAAAAAUAAUGGUGGAUGCUAGGGUGUACAUCUUCGCCAUGGGGAUGGCUCAGGCCUUCUUUAAGCCAAGAGAGCUGCCUGUGCUGAAGCAGUGAAGGCAGCCCGCUGAAGAUGAGGAUUGACAGGAAGAAAUAGUCCCUUUUUUGUUACACGGGGCUUCUGCAUAGGAGCGCAAAAUUUGGACGUGUGUUUUUAAAAAUUAGGAUUUUUUUUAUUUUAUUUCAAAUUGUGAAAUCAAAAUAUUUGUGCUUUUGGGACUAAUAGAGCUAUGUGUUUAAAAUCAUACUCAAAACUGAAAACUUGAAGUCAGAGGAGGAAUUCAAAGCUGUGAGAAAGCAAACCUAUGAAGAAGCCCUGUUUACACUACAUGUGCUGGACCAGUUUUUGCUCUUGGUGUGAAGAUUCCACCAUAAAUCAUGGUUGGGCUUUAAGCCUGACAAAUAGUAGUUUCCAAGUUUUUAUAAGAUAGCUUGACUUAACACAGGUUCUUGUAGGUUGUAUUUACUGAUUUGAAAACAUUCCUUUACAUGUGCUUACAUACUGUUUGACUUAAUGAGAGAAAAAUCCACCUCAAACUAAUUACCCGUUUAAAAGCUGGCUGUUUGGGCUUUGUGGGGAAAAAACAGACUUCACUAAGUUGAAUAAUUCCAGCUCAUGUCUCCUUUGGUCAUUUCAGAAUGGAAAGGAGCCAAUGGUCACAAAAACUGUCACAAAGUGAUAACGGUAACAUAAUUGGCAGAUAUAUUAACAUUUUAAGAGCGUAACUUCUCUGUAAUGUACAGCAAAUGAACUCUAUUGAUUUCAGUGACUGCUGUGCCUCAACCAUUGAUGCGGUGCAAUUACCUGGAGAUUGGUACUGUAUUUACCCUAGCACUUAGAAAUUACUGACCCAUGAAUAAACAUAUUCCCCCUA